ACAGCAGCCCCUCCACAGCAGCUCGUUCCACACCCUCCCGUCGCUGGCCAGCCCAUCCCUCGCAUCGCCGGCCACCACCAUGCCAAUGCCCGUAAUCCUGACCAGCUACCUCCCGGUCCUCCUCGUUUCCGUCACACACUCCACUGCCCCCGACGACUCCUCGUUCUCCACCCUCCCAGAGGGCCAGGUCGACUACCUCUCCCACGAAUGGCGUGAAGAGGACGUCUGGCGGUCAUGGCGCAGCAUGACCCGCCAGAAGAACGCGAUUGCGAACGGCACCCGCCUCGAGAACGCGAGUUGGCGCACCUGGUGGAAGCAGAGGAACAAGCUAAAGACCAUUAGCCCCGAGACGCUCAAUUGGCUCAAGGACUCGGACGUGACAUGGCUCUACGGCCCACUGCACAUCGGCGCAGACUGGUCCCCGACGGCCUCGCGCAACCCCGAGUCGCACUCGCUGCAGCCUCUGCAGCGCCAGAACAGCAUGAGCGCGAUCCACUCCCCCGCCACCAGCAGACCAAACCCGGCCCCCGUCGUGCAACCGAAGAAACCCAUCCUCAAGCGCCGCAGCAUCAGCCAGCUGCUCUCGCUGCCCACGAGCCCGUGGUUCGAGCAGGGCGAGUCCGACGAGGAGGACGUCGCCUCGCUCGAUCAGCAACAACAGCACGGCGAGCACGGCAGCCAGAAGCGCCCACCGCUCCUGCACACUAAGAGCGACACGCAUAUCAGCCUGCGCGGGCGCGCCCACCGCAAAGACUCGCCGCCGCGUAUCAUCGCACAGUCAGGCACGCCGGCGCCGGCGACAGUCGUGCGCGAUGCGUCCGCCGCGAGCGGGAUGCCCUCCGUCGCCUGUGGGAUGAUGUCCGGCGCAUCGAGCGACGCAUCACAAGCGACCAGCGGCAGCGACCCGGAUCUGAGCGGCGGCUCCAGUGUGAGCGGUGAGUCUCCCACCGGCAGCAGCGCGGCGAGCGAGCAAGGCCUCAAGAAGAAGCACAUCAGCUUCAACACCUUCGUGGAGCAGUGCAUCGCAAUUGAGAAGCCCGAUCUGCAGCGCCAAGCCCCCGGCCCGCGCCGAUCGCCCGUAACAGGUUCGGACGAUGGAUACGACGAGGACUCGGAAGUAACAAACGAGGACGAAGACGAGGGGCCGAUGACAUACUACCAGGCGCGCCAGUCGACGAUGCACUCGGAUUCGGAUGACGACGAAGACGAAGACGACGUGCUGGAGAUGCGCACGGCGUCGUCACGCUCGCGCACGUCCUCCGCCGCGAGCACGCUGCCGCGUAAGCUACUCCUUGCUCUUGAUGUCCCCCGCGCGCCGCACCCACAUUUGCGCCCCCCGUUAGUGCGUAGAUCCUCCACGGGCACGGAACAUGUCACCAUCGCGCCCAUCGCGCCCACGAUGCUCAAAGGCACCGGCGUCGGCAACAACCUUACCAGUCCAGGCCUCCCCACGCCUGUCACGAAGGAGCUUGAGCUCGUGUAUGCCCCACCGAGUAAUAGCAACUACAGCUUGCAGAGGUCGCCGAGCUUGACACAGGAGGAUGUGUAUCGCCAUCGCGAGUCGUAUUUCAGCGUAGGGACAAGCCCUUCGCCAGAGUCGCGGUCACCCUUAGCCUCGCCACCUAUCGCCACCGUCAACGCUCUUCCGCCGCCGCCACGAUUAUCCUCCUCACCGCCGAAGUAUGAAGUCGCGUCACGAAGUUUCUUCCCGCGCCAGACGUAUUCGGAGUCUCCCAUGCACAUGGACACGGUCGUGGAAGACACAUUUGACUACUUCGACGGGCCUCCCGUCCUCAACGAGAACUACACGCCCGAGUGGCAACAAGGCAACAAGGACAGUGCGGCGCUCAACACCAACGCAAUACCUACAAAGUUCGCAGAAGGCGGUGCGGAGAGCGUGCAGGUCGGACGGAGUAGUGGCCUCAUCGAGUCACCUCCGGUCUACUCGCCCACACAUAGCCCGGAAACACCCGUCGUAGUCGUGAACGAGGUCAACGGCGCCAUGGAGGAGCGGACAGAACGUUCAAGAGAACCGAGUCCCUCCCAGAUCAGUAGCGACGACUCGACGAACCCGCCGAUGUUCGUUCACACCGCACCGGUGGCUGUCCCGCGCAUCGGCACAACGCACCCGCAAAUUUCGUUCUCGCCACACGUGGCGGACUCGACGCUGCUCUCGCCGAACCUCAGCCCGUGCCGCGGACGCACGUCCGCGUCUCCGACGUGCGGGUCCGUAAGUGGGUCGACGACGACGGGAUCGAGCUCUUACUCGCGCUCGACGGACUCGCGCUCUGAGUCGCGGGGCCGCUCGCUCACGCGGAGUGCCUCCCUUUCUGACUGCGAGCGCUCGAGCAGCCGCGGGACGAGCUCGCCAAUAGGUUCGCUGUCGCCGACGGGCUCGGCACUCGCGCUUGGCGGAGCCGUGGCGUUCGCGCGGGGACGGGACAGAGGACGGAGGAUGGGAAGUGAUGAGAGUGACCGAGGUCGGGACAGGACAGGUAGGGCACUCGCGGCGAGCGUGAGCCCGCCGGGUGUGGUGAACUCGCCGACCAGGGCCGGGAGGGAAGCGAGCGACUCGUCGACGGCGUCGGUGGACGUCCCUCCACCGAAGGGCGAGCCAUCCUCCCCGCCGUCUUCUGUCUCGGGAUCUUCAACUGCGAGUACGUCGACGGCGCGUCCUUCACAGGCUCAGGACUCUGCACCGCUCCCUCGAAUAGCUGUCCACACAGGCCCGAGUGCGCCGCUCCUGAUCCCUUCGCCGAUACCAGAGGAAGAGGAGAUACGGAGAUUGAGCCACCCCACGCCUGUGAACUCGCCUGUCAACGCAUUGAAGGCUAGCAUCACCUCCCCUGGCAUUCCUGUUGCGAAGUUGGAGCCACAGCCCACGACGUUAUCCUCUCCCUCCACUGCGGAAGGCGAGAUCUCGGCAAGCAGUCCCAUUGCUAUCCCUCGGAAAGACCGGACUCCGAGAUCCUCCCUGGACGGCCAGCAGGACGGUACCUUCGUGGGCCGUGCCGCCGACAUGGUCUCCUCCGCACGAGGUCUUCUUGGAUCAAUAUGGAACACCGGCACGGCUUAAGCCUGAGCACUUCUUGCCUCUCUCCGACGCCACCUCCGCGCCCCCUUCCCUGCUUUCCCUGCUUCUUGCAUCCGCAAUUGUACCACCACCCGACAUCCACCGUACCCUACACACGUGGGUCAACCGUCAAUGCUCGCCUCCU